ACUCAUACUUUAGUUUUAAUAUGGCUAUUAUUAUCUCAUAUUUUGGUAUUUUGAUUAUUUUUGUUUGAUUUGAUUCAAAAUGAAAUCGAACCGAACCGAUUCCAUGCCAGAGACGAGGCGGGAUAGAUCACCACAGCUAGAGCGUGAAACUUCUGGUAUUUUCGCGGCAUCAAGUGUAUAAAACUCUCUUCAUUCUCCGAUGGCUUAAACGCAGAAUCCACGGGUCCGGAGUCUCUCAGUCGGUUAAAAAGCUGUGCUUUCCCCCUUCUUUUGGAUAAACCUGGUAAAUUAAACCCCCAAAGAAUGGCCAGCUCUCUGCAGAGAGGCGCUCUGUAUCUCGCUCGAGCUAAUAGAUCGAUUCUCGGACGUUCACCUGGAUGGUUCUCUUCUUCGGACGCCUUGGUGGAUGUUAAACCAGGCGAGGUCGGCCUGGUAUCGGGGAUCCCCGAGCAGCAUCUUCGAAGAAGGGUAAUUACUUAUUCACCUGCUCGAACUGCAAUACAACAGGGCUCUGGAAAAGUUGGGAGAUGGAAAAUUGAUUUUUUGUUUACCCAUAAGUGGGAGAAUCCAUUGAUGGGUUGGACAUCCACUGGAGAUCCAUAUGCUAAUGAUGGUGAUGCAGGACUCAGUUUUGAUAGUGCAGAAGCUGCAAAGGCAUUUGCUGAAAAACAUGGUUGGGCAUAUACAGUAUUUUUCUCUAUAGCCUGUAUUUCUGCUUUAUAGAUGUGUCAAGAAGCAGCAUACACCUCUUCUGAAGUUUUGAGCCUAUUCCUCUUCCCCUCGUUAAUCCAGCUGCUUUGACGUAUUCAAGAUGAAUAUGUAGAACAUGCAUGGACGUGUCUGCAAUGUUGGCUUAAGAUUGGGCUUAUUGUAAUUGUUGUCUUCUCUUUUGUUUCAUUUUAUUUAAAUAUAGGAAUUUUAUUUAUUUAUUUUUUUAAUAUUUACAGCCUAAGUCGUAUGCUGACAACUUCAAGUGGAAGGGCCCAGCAAAGAACAAGGAUGCUUAGUGUAACUAUCCAACAUCCAUUUGGAUGCUUGAAAGGCUGUCCUGGAAGCUUUUAUCUUAUUUGUUAAGCCUAGGUAUUGUAUUUAUUUGCUGUUCCAUGUUUGUGAAUGUAUCUUGCCAUUUCGGCCAAUUAAAAAAAAAUCAACUUUUCGUAUGGAAAAUGAUCGGGUUGCCUAA